CUCAAAGCUCGUAUCCGGCGCUUUCGCGUUGUAUCCCGCACCCUGAGCUUUCUCAUCUCCAUCGGUGUUCUUGCACCCAUUACCAUGACGCUCACCAAGUUCCUCCGAACACAGAACGUCUACCGAGACGUCGUACAAGCCGAUGGCACGACGAAAUCCCGUACCGCCUGGGCACACGACUCCAAAGUCUGGCCCACAUACUCCUACUUCGCGGUCGCCGCCAUCUCGACUAUCCUCAACUUCGCCACAAUCUUCAGCUACAAAUUCGGCGUCAGUCGCGCAAACAGCGUAUCCUACAUCACCUCCCUCUUCUCCUGGGGUAUCAUGCUCGGCAACUUAGUCGUAUGGGCUGUCGCAGCGGGCGUGUAUCGCGAUGAGAAGGAUAAGCAUGGCAAGAGUAAUGAUCUUUGGGGCUGGACGUGUAGUCCGGCGGCACAGGCGAUUCAGAGGGAUUUUGCGGGUGAACUGGAUUUUAAUGCGUAUUGUAAUGUGCAGAGUGCGAGUUGGUUUGUGGGGCUGGCGCAAGUUGGAGCUAGUCUGUUGACGGUCGUGAUCUAUGUUUUGGUGUUCAAGAGGAAAGGGAGUAAGAGGAAGGUGCAGAGGUUGUCGACGAUUAAACUUGCGCAAUGA